AACUUGAAUGAAUCCCUCGAAGAAGGAGCUGCCAUAUUGCCGUGAUACAGCGACUUUAGUCGGUUGCCGAUAAAAGGAUUGUUUUGGUUUUCUCUAAAAAAAUGCUCUCAGUUCAAGAUUUUAGAGAUCUAGGCAAGAUGAAGGACUAUCAUUACACAGGUCCAGUGGAGCACCGUUUCUCACCGUAUACGUUCAACGGCGGGACUGUACUAGCGCUGGCUGGGGAAGACUUUGCCGUCGUAGCUUCAGACACCAGGCUGAGUGAGGGCUACGCUAUCCACAGCAGAGAGUCUCCAAAAUGCUACAAAUUGACAGACACAACUGUAAUUGGCUGCAGUGGUUUCCAUGGUGACUGUCUGACACUGACGAAAAUCAUUGAUGCCAGACUCAAGAUGUACAAACACUCAAACAAUAAGACCAUGACAUGUGGCGCCAUCGCUGCCAUGUUGUCCACCAUCUUGUAUGGCAGGAGAUUCUUCCCCUACUAUGUUUAUAAUAUCAUUGGAGGUCUUGAUGACGAGGGCAAGGGUGCCGUCUACAGCUUUGACCCAGUAGGAUCCUACCAGAGGGACAGCUACAUGGCUGGAGGAUCAGCUAGUGCCAUGCUGCAACCAUUACUAGACAACCAGAUUGGUUUCAAGAACAUGGAAGGUGUAACACAAAUUCCUCUGAGCCGCGAGAAGUCAGUUCAGCUGAUCAAAGAUGUUUUCAUCUCGGCCGCAGAAAGAGAUGUUUACACCGGGGAUGCCCUUCAGAUCUGUAUCAUCACUAAGGAGGGAAUCACAGAGGAGACAAUCACGCUGAGGAAGGACUGAAGACAUUAUUUGUUCCGUCUUGUCUAUUUCUUCCACGAGCGCUUCUUUUCACAUUCAACCUGCUCAUUUGGUUGCUUGACUGCAGAUCGUGACAAACAGGAGUGUUGACCCAAAUGUUAACUAACAUUUUUUUUUAAACCACCAAACCAUAUUCCAAUUUUGAUACCUGUAAUCAAUAUUUUUUUUUCGAGUUAAUUUGUCCCUUCAUUUUUCCUGUUAUCAGAACCAGGAUCCCUCAUCAGCACUCCUGUAAUUAUAAAAGUUCCCAUUCUGAAAAGCAACUCUGUUAUACUUUUUACAUUCUUAAUAAAUGUAAAGAAUUGGGGAAAA